AUGGCAGCAGGAGAGCUCCAAAAUGAGGUCAGCCUCAAAGACCUCGUUCCUAACGAACAACAAGAAAAAGACGAGCCGAGCGGCGCGGCGGAACCAGCGAAUCCUCCCCGACGAGGCGAUCAUCCCAAACGCGACAGGAGAGGCGAACCUGAAGAGCGACCCGAGCCGAGGCAAAGGAUCAAUAUGAUCAUGGGUGGAUCUUUAUACUACCAAGAUACCGUGUCCUGCAUCAAAGCCUAUCAGCGUCGAGCCGAAGUGAAGGAGAAUUGGACAGAGCCAACCGACAUCCCAAACAUAGUGAUCUCUUUCGCCGAGGAGGAAACGGCAGGAAUCGAUCGACCUCACAACGAUCCGUUGGUGAUUGAGCUAACGAUCAGGGAUCAUGAUGUAGCAAGGGUGCUCAUCGAUACUGGAAGCUCAGUGAAUGUCAUCUUCAGGGAAACACUCAGAAGAAUGGGAAUCGACCUCUCCAAGGUGGAAGCAAUCCCUAAACCUCUAACCGGAUUUUCAGGAGAAACGACGAUGACUAUGGGAACGCUCACACUUCCCGUGGUAGCUGGCGGAGUCACUAAGAUCGUCGAAUUCUGCGUCACGGAUCACCCAGCAAUCUACAAUGUGAUCAUGGGAACUCCCUGGAUCAACGGGAUGCGGGCAGUGCCCUCCACUUACCAUCUCUGCCUCCAAUUCCCAACUCCAUCGGGCGUCAAAACGAUCUGGGGGAAUCAGAAGGAGUCGCGAAUGUGCUGCCUAGCCGAGCACAAACUGAGGAACCCCGUCACCGACGCAGGAGCUGACAUAGACCGCAAAAAGAUGAAGACAGACAGAGAGCCCGCGAACGAGCUCUCCAAACUCUUAUAG